GCUUCCCGCCGCGUUUAGUCACGUGGGGGGCUCGGCUGCGCUCGGCGGCUCCUGCCUUCCCCUCGCGCUCGGGAGCAGUCGCGCAACACGACGCAACGUGCGCAGAACGGCUUCUUGCGGCCCAGGCGCACUGAGCCAAGCAGCAGUCGCCACCAGCUGGAAACGAACGCGCUCCGCGCGAGCGUGCGUGUGUGUGUUGUCGAAGGCAGCGGUCCACGCCGCGGCGCCUCGCCGCCAUAUUUGUGCUGUUGCUGGUUUCUGCGUGCGCUCGCUGGGCUCCUCCGUGCGCUCUCCUCACCCCCGACCGCGCGCCUCGGCGGCCGCGGACUUCCUACUUCGUCGAAGUGGCGGCCAGCGCGAUGGAGAAGGGCGGCGCCGCGUCGGAGUGCGGCGCGUCGAGCGACAUUGCGGCCGCCGCUCAGCAACAGCGCGGGGAGGACGUGCCCAUGCACUUCGUGUCGGUGAACAAGGUUCCCACGCAGGUGAUCUGUUACGGCGACCCCGGCUGCCUGGCGUCGGACGCCUCCAAGCCCGUGGUCCUCGUCAUUCCAGGCAAUCCUGGUUCGAUCGAGUUCUACGCCGAGUUCAUGCGCGAAAUCCACCAGGGUCUCAAGGGCAAGGUCAUCGUCUGGGGUGUCUCGCACGCCGGGCACGUGGCACCACCCAAGCCCAUGCAGAUACCCAACGUUGAAGGCGCGGAGGCGGGUGCCAUCUGGUCGUGUUGCAAGAAACCCAGCGGCAGGCGCGCCAGGACCAUCAUAGCAGCGCCGAUUCGUCCUAUGUCUUUUGUGCCCAGCAGCGACGGCAUGGAUGGCGACUGCUAUCCCCUUCUUCCGCAGCCGCCACAGCGAGAGAUUGUGGAGGAAGGAGAGCAGAGCUUUCCUUCCCGAGCGCUGCACCCCAGCAUCUAUCAUCCGACUCUGUACUCGUGCGACGGCCAGAUCGGCCACAAGAUGGCCUUCAUCAAGCAGUACAUUCCAAGCGGGACGCCGCUCAUCCUGGUUGGACACUCCAUCGGGUGCCACAUGGUCCUCGAGAUACUCAAGAGGGCCCCGGACCUCAACGUGCGCAAGGCGUUCCUGCUGUUCCCCGCCAUCGAGAGCCUGGACGCGUGCCCGCGCGUGGGCCUCAUCAACCCCCUGAUCACCUACCUGCGGCCGCUGACGGUGGCCACGCUGUCCGCCCUGCGGCUGCUACCGCGCUCCGUGCAGAACUUGCUCAUCCGCUUCUACAUCUUCCUCGCCACGGCGUGCACCACGCCGCACCGCACGUCACUGAGCGGCGCGCAGAACUACUUCCGGCCCGAGUGCCUCAUGGCCUGCUUCGUGUUCACGCGCGACAUCAUACAGAACGUGCGCGAGCGAGACGACGCCACCAUCGGGCGGCACGCGGACAAGCUGGUCGUGUACUACGGCCAGAACGACCACUGGAGCCCCGUCGAGUACUACGACGACCUGCGCAGGACGUUUCCCGAGGCGGACGUGCGCCUCUGCGACCGGGGCUUCCGGCACGCCUUCGUGCUCGAUCGCAGCGUCGACGUCGGCAGCAUGGUGCGCGGCUGGAUCGAGCCGCUGCUGCUGAGCUAGCGGCGUGUGCCUUGUCGAGCCGAGUGCUUUUUUUACGUUUUGCGUCGCGCGCGUUGAAAGGUAUGACAUGCUGUCCCGUUGCUUGCACCUCUGCAUAGGAUCAGUGGCAAAGGUCAUUCAACAGCUUGAGUUGUUCCAAAUGAAACCCCAGAAAAGAGCCAGCAGCUACAAUCCGCGGGAAGGUCUGGGAUGCAAGGUCUGCCAUCCUUUUGCAGGCGGGGACCUUCCUGUCACCCCAUAGGGGCACGGAAACUUCUAAAAGAGGUUGUGGGAGACUGCAAUAGGUGCAUUGCAAUGAUAAGGGGUUGGACAUAAGAGCACUUGUCGCUAAUAGUGUUGGGCACAGUGAAGUCUCUCGCUGAUUCGAGCAGGUAUUGACCGUAGAAGACGGGCGGUAAAGGUGGCACUGAUUGAAUGCGCUGGUUUUUGCUGAGAACAAGCCUUCACGGUUUAUGAGGACACAUAGUCAUUCCAGAAUCAUUCAAUGCUUUGGCCGUGCCCGACCAUGAUCGGGCUCUAUAGGCGGUCAAUACGGCGGGGCCGCGUUUCGACCGAUCGCUUACGGAUAUGUCCCCACUGGUGCGCGUUGAUUGGAUGAGUCAGCCUACAAUAUUUACGUUGUUCCGAUAGGACGUCGCUCUGGUCGCGAUGUCAUGCAAGAGUGAAAGUGUCCUCGAAAUUGACCAGUCGAGAUAUCACCUGUGCACAGAGUUGGCUAAGCAGGGUAUUUCACAGCUGAGACGUCUUGCACCGCCUAUGUUGGCACCUCUACGAAACACUGAACUUCAGGCAGUACAAGCUAUCCUGUGGUGUCUUUGCAACUGCGGGUGUUCUUUGAUUUAGUUUUUCGUUUCCGAUUACUGUGAACCACGGUACGAACAAGGAAUGUAAGGAGUUGGCAACAUUAUAGUCUAUGGUAAUUACCACCUGGCAGAUGCAGUGUAGAUGACAACGCUUCGACGAUGCCAUCUCCAGGUUGCUUAUCAGCUAUCCUCUUAGCCCUUGCUAUGGCUUUUGCUUCUGUUCUUCUACAGGCCAAUCAGAAAAAAGAAAGCAAAUCUACCGCAGUGUCGGAAUCACCGCGGGUGUAGCUUUAGCAUCCACUACGUCAUCGCCUGCGCCAACCAUUCGGGGCACGUCACCACGUCUCCCCCCGCCUUCCUCUUCCCGGCGCCGCCAUAACCUCCUCUUCACAAUCGUUCCACCACCGCCCCCGGCCACAGUAUCUACAACCGUUGGACACUACGAAAAAAGCUUUGCUUUAAAAAUAACUUCCGCAGCGACACCCAUUCCUACCGCCUUCCACAGCACCAAAUCUGUGCGACAAUAAAUAAAUAAAUAAAUAAAUAAAUAAAUAAAUAAAUAAAUAAAUAAAUAAAUAAAAGAACUACUGAAAAAAGUUGGAGCAAAUAUUCACACUAUCAGAGUUUCAUUUAUUUCAUUUGUUCCACCAUAAGGCUCCACAGGGCAUUAGAUAAUUGCAUUUCGGAAUGAACACUGUUGUUUGGUGUAAAAGUGAACAAGCAUUGGACCUCAAGAUGCACGGAAGCUGCUUUCUUAAAAACGCUUUAUUCUUUAAUGAUUACUAUACUGAGUGCCACCUGCAUUGUUAGUUCGACAAAAACAAGGGUUUCGAUUCAACGGGACAGCAUGUCAUCGAACACAAAAUGUUAGAGCAGUUAUAUGUUAAUUGCAGCACGCUCGCAUGCUCAUUGUUAGUCGCUUUUUUAUUUUUUUACACAAUACCUUUGCAGGGCGCUAACCACGAGGGAACGAGCGAUAGUAUUUCGUCAUCGGUACGCUUUAUACCGCGUUAUAAAUAUGUGCAUUCUAGUCCCGCUUUGAAGCUUCGUCGGACGCGCUUCUACUUCGUUAUUAGAGAGUUUCAGCUUGUCCGUAUGACGUAAUAUUGUUUACGGAAUAUCGGAGACGUGGCCGUGACAACAAGCGCUGGUCGUGCCAUCUUGUGACGUUCAUUUCAAGCAGAGGGCACAGACAUGUAGCUGUAUUACAAUGACGGGCUAUGUGCUCAUUAGCUGCUGGCAAAAAAAGAAGAGAAAAGAAUAAAAAAAACAAAUCAUGGCAUCAAGUAAGGUUGCCAUGCAACCUUACUUGAUGCCAUGAAUGUCCAAUAAUGUAAAGUGGCUCUUAUUUCGACGAGGCCAACGUAAAACAGAAAAGAAAGAACGUCUCUCACGCUUGCUUAUUCAAGAAAAAUAUAAAGUGUAUAAAUGCUUUUACAGCCUUUCAAGCCAGUGGUAUUCCGUAAACCGCGAUGUGUUUACUAUACGGACAGGUUAGGACUGUCUAUUGAUCCGUUUACCUUGUUUAAGCUUAGAACAUCGCGUUCCGCUGAGGUUUUAGAAGCAUCAUUCCAAUAUGUCCGAACGUUCGCCUCACGCCAGUGCAUGCGAUCAACGCGCAGGCCAUUUGCUGGCAGAUUACCUGUGCUUGCUGCAUUGGUGACGAAGACGACGUUCGCGACGUUUGCGUUUUUGAGCCGGCGAUUUCCGCUGCGGUGUUUCUCGUGGCCGUGAGCCUGUGAUCUGAACGCGCAAAGUCCUCUAGUGUGAGUUCGUGUGCAAGCGGCAAUGACCGAGACUUUUCAGGAUAGGACUUCAGUUUUCGGUCCGGCUGUAGCCAUCGAACGAGAAAGUAAGGUGCUACAAGCAAACAGGAAACUUUUGCGUCAUCAGAACUCAUUCAGCAAAUGCGAACCCGUCGCCGUAUAAGGCGAAACAUGUCCCAUUUCAUACGAGCACCUGGAUAACAGCACGUUUCUCAGUGGCUGCACUACCGUGGACCAGUGGCAAUUGACCGGAAUAAUCGAGCAAAAUGGGAUCAUGAAUAAGGGAGAGCGGGCGUGGCAUUAUUGAACGAAGCCCAGAAUAUUUGCCACGCUGACAUGUUCAGCCUACGUUAAGAUAUAGGCUAAAUAUGCCAGCGUGGUUGGUUUCAAAAUCCAAUAUGACGGCUGUGCGAAAAGAGAAAAAGCUUUAUUUGAGGGACUGCAGUCCGAGUCGCACUGCUCAUGGACGUUUCAAAAGUGUAAUGCGGCAAAUCGCAGGGUCUCCCGAAGCUGAUCCCUGCGGUGGUUUAUCCCAAAUAGAGCUCCAUGCAAAAAUUACUACAGGAAAACCUGGCGCUACAGUCUCUGCACACGCUGCCGUCACAGCGCUCAAUACGCAGCAUGACGGAUAGCACACGGAUUUGUCUAAGCUUAGUACUUCUGGCUUCGGACAGCCUCCUGCUUUCUUCAUGGUUGGGGGCAGCGUGAGGCCAAGAAAGCUAAAGGACCAACACGUCGAUAGAUAACUUUUUAAUGUUCCGUCGUUUCUCGUUGAUUGCGGGAAAAAAUUGAAUCAGCUUUAAAAUAUUGAUUUGAACCUUGCCAUUCGUGAUACUCUGUAUUCUGGCGCUUCCUCUCCAGGGCAUUGUCAUAGGGACGUCGGCGCAACAGUUUAGAAGCUUGUGUCUGAAUUAGGACGACUUUCAUGUUAAAUUCUUAAAACCAUAUGUUGUCUUAAAUUUCUUGAGAUUUUACCAAAAGUUCGCUUUAGUGUUUCUUUAUAGAUUUAUUUCAUACUAAUUAUCCUUCUAAUGCAUCUAAUUCUUGACCAAGCCACCGUAGUGGGUACGAGCCAUACAUAAAGACCAACCAAACCAAACGCGGCCCUGAACGUGUUUCCUUGUCUUCGUCUUCGUCUCUUUCGCUCCCCCGAACCAUGAAUGUUAACCAACUAGCCCGAUUAUCUGCUCUCGUGCUUUUAUUUAAAGCUAAUAUUAUCUUCUCAUAUUUGCUGUGUGAUAAUGAUUGACCUCAUGUACAUUCUUAAUUCCACCACCGUAUUGUUUUUUGAUCAUUACGACUAAAAACCUAACCAUUUAAAAAAUCUAAGACAAUCGACCAUGGUGACUGUCGCUGCUCAAAGGACAUCCAUAUCUGGAGGGACACAUACGCGGAAAUGCAGAAACUAAUCUUUACGGUUGAAAUAGUACAGAAUAAAGUACUCUGUACUAUUUUCUGUACUAUUCUGUACUAUUCUGUUUUAUACUAAAGAACAGAACAGAAUAAAGUAUUCGUCAACGUAAAAAAAAUGACAUUGCUCUAAAUAAAUGUUGUUCGACUAGCACACAACGUAGCGCGAGAAACCAACAACAACAAUAAACGAAGUCACAAUUUUCACUUCAACGAGGCCAUGCCAAAUCGUAGACAAAUCCGUGAGCUGCGCACGUUUCUCACGGUUGGACGUGAUCACUGGGUUGGACGUGAUGCAGCGCCAGAUUGCGCUCUAGCGAUUUUUGUAAGAAACUCUGGAGGAUAUGGCUGACCCUUUCUGUCAUUUUUUUUUCACUUUUUGUUCAGCUGCAACUGCGGCAAUAGGGACUCAGUGAGGAUAAUCUGCGUUACUCUUAAGCAUACAGUCGCCGCCAAAAUUUUACAAACCGCGGGAUCUGAGAAAACAUUGACUUUUCGAGUAGUGUGUGACCGGAAUGCAGGCUAGAAACUUGAAUGACAGGUUGCCGAAAUAUUCAACCUUUUCUCGGGUUCCACGGUCCACAGGCUCUUGACGCCGACUAUAUACAAGAAAAAGCCUAACCUAACUGUUCGCAUUUGAGUAUCCGUUACGGUUUCAUUAGUCCGUAUGGAAUGGAAUAAUCAUGCAAGCAUAAUGGGGCCAAAAUUGCUUUAAAACGGACCGUGUCCAUCAUACCGGUGACCCGGGGGCGGGACCCUUGUAAAAACGCAUCCGCGAAGCCUUCGGAAGGAGUGAAAAAAUGCUUUUUUGAUGACCCACGCUCGAUGUGUAUGUGUAUGCACCUCGUCCCUCUCAGUGGUGGCGAAGUUUUGUACAUAGUGAAUAAAAUUUUUCACGAAAGCUUGUUA